CAAAGCACCUGUUGCUGCUCUCCAGACUCAACACACAGAAGCUCUGGGACUCCGUUCAUCUGUCUGCUGCUGCUUUUUUACAACUCAGAACUUCACCCAAGCUCCAUGAUGAUGGCUUCUUCUAUGUGCAGGAUUCUCACUGUUCUCAUCGUCUGCAUGGCUCUGCAAGAGAGUUGUGGACUUCCCUUAUCAGAUCGGUCGGAGCUGCCAGCUCAGGCUCCACAUCCACACCGCGUCAGGACCAAGCGCUGCUCCUGUAACAGCUGGGAUGAUAAAGAGUGCAUCUACUUCUGCCACCUGGAUAUUAUCUGGGUCAACACGCCAAGUAAACUCCUUCCUUAUGGCCUGGGAAAUCCCCCGUCUCGCCGCCGCCGAUCAGCCAACCGAUGUGAAUGCCUCGACUCAACCGACAAAACCUGCCGUGGCUUCUGCCGUCAAAGCUCAGAGGAUCCCACGAUUGACACCGUGGACCCUUCGGUUCAACCUGCAAGAACAAGCAGCAAAACAUUGUUGGCAUCCUUCAGAUCUGCUGUCAAAACCAACAUGGCAAUCAUAAAAGGCCUCCUGGGAUCAAAGAAGAAGCCACCAAGCUAAAGAGCACAACAAGGCGGUAGAGGACUGAAUGAAAACCAGAAGCAGUUCAACCUUCGUGGAUUCAAUCUCCGUGGACUGGAGGUUCCUCUGGCUGCCUUCAGUUCCGACAUCAGACUUUUAAAAUGUGUCAAGACUCCUAAUGACUUUGGGGAUGCAGAGAAGGAAAGAUGGAAGGAGACAGUGGAUCAACAAAGCAGAGUUUCAGAAGCUAAAGCCCCACAGCAGGAGCAGCCAUGUCUCUGAAUGUAGAGUGAACUCCCCUCGAACUUUUGAGCUCAAAAACAACCAACAUUCCGAAAAAUGAAGGACAUGGAAGCUGACCGUGGGGUACAAUGAUCAAUUAGUGAUUUGAUUUCAAUGGACGAGAUGACUCAUAUGUACGGACAGUUUACUAUCCAGGCUGAUCUCUACAGAGGAUUAUUUGAUCGCUCCAUCCUCCACAGUCACAUCAGUUCUAUACUGACUUACCAAGAAGUUGAUUCACGAUGUCUUAAAAACGACUUUGUCUUUGC